AUUCAUAUUAGACAGCGCGUGUGAGUGUGCCGAGAUGCGAUCUGCGCUGUUAUGCGUUUUCUUUGCGCUUGCUGUAGGAAAAGGAGGAAGGCAAGCCGGCGCCGUCGACGACUUCAGGCCGAUGCCGAUCCCCCUGGACACGUGGCACGGCGGGUCCCGGGCACGGCGCGUGGGCACCCUGCAUGAGGCCGUCAACACGGAGGCCCCGCCCUCGGUCGCCGCGGUCCCCGCCCACUACUGGGAGGACGCCCUCCGACACAGCGUCUAUCUAACACUGGUCCGAGACAAAAUAGACCAACUCAUCGCCAAGGGCGCCGUCAUAUCACCCGACACCAAACCUGAUCAAUUCAACUCUAAAGAAGUAGAAGAUCACGACCUUUGGGACAAAAUCAAAUCCGCACCUUUUGACAGAAUAAGCGAAAACGAACCUAACUCUUUCGGCGACGUCACCGUAAUGGCGAAAGGGCGUCUGUUAGAGGAAAACAAUGGCUUCCGAUUUACUGAAGACGAACGGACGAACGAGAAGUGUAAAGACGAUUCAUGUAUGAAAGGUGUAAAGGCCAUCUGGUCGGUGAAGCGCGUGAGACAAAGAGAUGAAGAAGUAUCUCCAGGAAAGUACCAUUACGAACUGACAUUCUCCGUUAUGUCACAGACACCGAAAAAACAGAGGCAACCCUACGAAAAUUCCGUCAGGACGUUUACCGUUCGUGAAAACCCAACAAAGACAUUGCUAGCAAAACCACAACCGAAACCGUAUAACUACGAAUCGGUACACCCUGCUCCUGAGCGACCUCAGAGGGCGAUCUGGUUCCAUAGGAACUUAGUUUCAUCUGCUGGUUCUCGAGCGAGCCGAUACCAAGGUUUAGAUAGGCUAUUUAUGUCACUAUUCUCUGACGACGAGCCGCAGCCAGAACCUCCCCGAGUUAGACCACCCAUUUACCAACCACAUCAGCAAAUACCAAAUGGACCUUACGCUAGCUCUUCGACUGAACAAUAUCAACAAAAGAAAUUAAUGGCAUAUCCGUACAAACCCCCAGUAUAUAAAUACGUUCGUCACCCUCUACCUCCUCCUGUUGUGGGUUCUCAACCACAUUUUAUGGAUCCAGUUGACAGUUCAUACAUAUCGACACCAGUGGAUCAGAGAUACGUCGCGCCAUCCAACGUUUACAAGACAACAAGACCGGCCGUUCUCCCAACACCACUCCCCGAUACAAUCUUGCCUACAACGACUAAAAACGUUAGUUAUGAUUUAAGUAAUUCGUUUACGGAAACCUCAACUAGAGAAACAGAACCUGACACACCUUUAUACAAAACUUACAACAAACCUAAACCAAUACCAACUAAGAUAAGCUAUUUCCCUGACCAUUUGAGACCGCCCGUAUAUAACGCUCCCCCAGGUGUAUUCGUUACCAUGGAUAAGAAACCAUUCAAACCAUUGCCACCGUUGAAGAUUCAUACAACUAAAUACAAGCACAGACAUGGAGAUUUCCGCCCGAGUCCACAACUAUUUGACAUGCAGUUUUCCGAUCCAGAAACUCAUUCCACAGUAGACACUGCAUUUAGGCCAAUUCUUAUAAAUCUUCCGAACAAUUCUAGCAAAUCUUCAUCAUCAGCAAAUAACAAAAAAGGCGACAAACAAACCCAAAAAUCCCAAACAACAAAAAGGCCGCCGAAAAAGCACGGAAACAUUAAAUCUAAACCAGUGACUACCUCCGCUCCAGACAUAAUAACGGUAAAUAAUGACAGUUUAGACGAUGACACAGCCGAAUGGGCUAAAAUUGUUGGCUCAUUUUCAGUAACAACUCAAAACAAAAGUACAGCUCAAAGUACGGAUACUGAAGAUACUACGGAAAGAGAACAGAUUGUGUCUACGGCAUCAUACGAGGAUGAAACCGUGGCGUCUUCUACAAUUCCAGUAAAUCCCAGCCAAAAUAAAAAGAAGAGAGUAAUAACAACAACCACUACCACCGAACCCACUACAACAAAACUAAGUAGACGUACACGGCCACCGCCUAUGUUCAAUAAACCAGAGAAGCCUAAAAAGCACAAGCGUAUUACAACAACAACAAUGAAAACGCCAACAAAGUCACAAGUUAAGUCACCAGCUGCUGAUUUAACACCACAAGCAAGUUCAGCUGCGACCAAACCGAAUAAAAUAUGGGAGGCCAAAAACAAAACCGUCACAACUACUGAAUCUAGUAAUUCAAUAACACCGCAGGCAAGUUCGACUUCAUCUACGACUACGACGAGAGCCACCACAACAACUACCACUACGACCACUACAGUGAAGCCCGUCACUACUACAGAUACAUACUCCACACAUGCAACAACCCAGCCUAAAAAUAAAAACCGUUUCAGGCAAUCCACACUAAUGCAGAAAGGUACUUCAGUUAAUCAUGACAAAUGGAGUACAAUGCAUUCAGAGAAAGAUAGAAAUAAAACUGUGAUCCCUCCAUCUGGUAAAUUUCCACCCAGAAGAAAAGGAUCUAAUUUCCAAGGCCAUGCCACUUCUACCUCAAGAAGUAUUGAUGUCGAUCAUAAAGGAGAGGAUCAUACGGAUAAAAAAAUCAAUUCUGUAUCUAAAGGACAAACACCAAUGACAACACAACCGUCAUAUGAAGAAGUUGAAGAUCAAUACAAUACACAAAAUCAGCACGAAGAAGGCGAAGACGAUAUCAAGGAAAAUCCAAAAGAACAUGGGAGUGAAAGCGAUGCCACUGACGAAAAGGAAUACAUAUUUGAUCUGACAACUACACCCAACGAAAGAACGAAUGAAAUAAGCGAUGCCGAAGAUUCUAUAACAGAAGAGAUCGUUACAACUCCAAUAUAUUCCGUGCCGAAAAAUAAGACCAAAUGUAAGAAGAAAAAGAAGCAUGAAAAUCUUAUGACAAUGAAUGAACCAAUAAAUGAAACAACUACACUGAAAUAUGAACCUACAACAGUCACGUCCAGUACUGAGAAAGACAUAUUCCAGGAAUUGUUUGGAGAAAUGCAUUACGAUGAUACAACAGAAAAGAAUAAAGAAUCACCGGGCGAGUUGGAAGAGGAAGGGAGCGAGAAACAUGAGAAAUUCGCACAAAUCGACGACGAUUUCCAAGAUUAUAUAGACGAUCUGACAAAGUCGAAACAAGAUGAUCAAGACGUGGAUCAAUAUGAGGAAGAAGACGAAAGCGAAAACGAGUCUCCUAUAGAUUUCUCACCAUAUGACAAUGAAAGCGAGGACACGCCUUUAAGGCCCUCAAGAGAGGCGGAAGACGAUGAGUACGAAGAUUAUCACGAAAGAUCACUUAGUUUCCUAGAAUUAAUGGCCAUGGAAUAGACUGAAUUUUAUAAUUUUCACUUUCAACAGUUGAUACAGCUUUAAAUACUGACUUCGCUAAUUGAUCUCAAAUAUUAGCUAUUGUCAAACGAUUUCACGAUAUUGGAAUGAAUCAACUUCCACGCAAUUAACUUAUGAGAUUUAUAUAUAUAUAUUACCAUCGAGAUAAUGACUGUGUGAAGUAUGUUACUAGUGAACAAUU